UUCCUCCAAAUCUGCCAGCGGCCACGCGCAUUGGCCUCCCCGCGCGUCGCUCAUGAUUCCGGGGCAGCGUGUGGGAGGAGCCGGCCGGAGGGACGGAGGGAGGGGUGGCGGGUUAGAGGCGGUGCGACUGUCAAUUGUGUUCCCUAUUCUCGUCAAAAGUCGCCUGUUUGUUGCUCCGAGUACAGCCAGAAAGACCGCGGUGUGUUCUUUCAGUCGGAGCAAUGCGCUCCGUGAGGACACAUGUUCGGAUCUUCAUUUCUUUUCACGCCAAACGCAGCGCAAGUUCGCUCCUGUCUGCACUUUGACAUCGAUGUUUUUGGGUGAGGAGGAGUAGCAGCAGCAGGGUUUCGGGUUGCCUCUUCACAACGCUGGAUUGCUUAUAGAGCUCUUUUUCUUGCACCUUAACCACCUCGCUUUCGUUGCUUCUCGCCACACACAGAAGGUUUUGUCGUUUUGGGUGCACAAACUGAACCGGGAGCCGCCUUGAGGACUCGCAGCACAGUGUGGGAACCGUGAAGACUUGUUGCGCGCAUCCGGGGAGCGCACGAGUCCGGUUUUCAUCCAGCUGUAUACCUGCGUGCGGAGCUUUGAUUUCAACAUAGAGACGUUCAGUGAAGCGGGGAAGAGCUGUGAGUCUCAGAUUAGACUUCCAGCCCGAAGUCAGUACGGCUCGAUGCGCUUUGGGAAUCUGUUCUUCAUUAUCCAAAUUGGGGUGAUUAGUUUCCUCCAGUCCGUCUGUCCGAGCUGCUGAUGCUCCAGGAAACCGAGAACCCGUUUCUCCUGCUUUAAAUGGAACCAACACACAGCAGAGUCAAACUUCAUUCAAGUCACACCCUCUCGAGUUGAUCAUUUUGCCUCUCCACGUGUCUUUUCUCUCCUUGUUGUUCGCGAUGUCUGAGCGCGAUGGAUAUGGAGACAGCGACGCAGCGCCGGACUGCAUUCCGCCGAGGGCGUCCCGAGGUCGGCGGAGCGGAGUCAUCCUCCCCGGUGGCGGCCAGGACACCGACACCAUCCUGCUGGAGUCGGUGAAGGCAGCACCUCGCCGGAGCAGCAUCAUCAAGGAUCCGUCUGUGCAGAAGAUGGGUGGCGGCAGGAAGAAGACGGUGUCGUUCAGCAGCAUGCCGUCUGAGAAGAAGGUGAGCAGCGCGGCGGACUGCCUGGCGUUCAUGCAGGGCGGCUGUGAGCUGAAGAAGAUCCGUCCCAACUCGCGGGUUUACUGUCGUUUCUACACGCUGGAUCCCGACCUGAGCUGUCUGCGCUGGGAGCCGUCGAAGAAGGACGGGGACCGAGCUCGCCUCGACGUCUCCAGCAUCCGAGAGGUCCGCACGGGGAAGAGCACCGAGACGUUCCUCCAUAACGGACCUCUGUCUGAACACCUGGCGGAGGAGGCCGCCUUCUCUGUCAUUCACGGGGACGAAUACCAGUCUCUGGACUUGGUGGCGUUGUCAGCAGAUGUAGCCAACAUCUGGGUGACCGGCCUCCGCUACCUGUUGGCCCACCCGUCUGUCAUCGGGGGAGCCGGAGGAGGAGGAGGUGGAGGGGGAGGAGUUCUGGGUGAAGGAGGUUUUGCGGUUGAAGGAAGUCUGGGGAGUAAGAUGAGGAGUGAGUGGCUGGCUGCAGAGUUCGCCCAGGUGGAUGAAUCUGGAAACAGCAUCGUGUCGGAGGACGUGGCGGUCGCUACGAUCUGUAAACUGAAUCCUGGGAUCAAGGAGGCGAAGGUGCGUCUGCGUUUCAAAGAGAUCCAGCGCAGUAAGGAGAAGCUGACCUCUCACGUUACUCUCGAGGAGUUUCAGGAGGCGUACUGCGAGCUCUGCACGCGGCCGGACGUUUACUUCCUACUGGUUCAGCUGUCCAAGGACCGCGAGUGUCUGGACCCGCAGGACCUCAGGCUCUUCCUGGAGACGGAGCAGGGUCUGUCUCUGGCGGCGACCGAGGGCUGCUGGGAGCUGCUGAAGAGGUGUGAGCCCUCCGCUCAGGGGAAAGAGAGAGGCCUGCUGGGAUUGGACGGCUUCGCUCGAUACCUGCAGUCUCCUGAGUGUCAGCUGCUCGACCCCGAGCACCUGGGAGUCUGUCAGGAUAUGAACAUGCCUCUGUCCCACUACUACAUCAGCACGUCGUACCGCUCCUACCUGCUGGACGAUCAGGUUCACGGCAGAGCGGAUCUCGGAGGUCUGAUCAGAGCUCUGCAGUCGGGCUGUCGCUGCGUGGAGCUCGGAGUGACCGACGGCCCCGAGGGGGAGCCUCUCCUCGGGGUGGACUACGGACCAGACAUCCCCCGCCAUCACCACCAUCACCACCAUCACCACCACCACCACCACGCCCCCGUCACCAUCCGCUCCGCCCUGGAGGUCGUGAAUAAAUACGCCUUCCUGACCUCGCAGUACCCGCUCCUGAUCUACCUGUGUCAGCGCUGCUCUCCGGGACAGCAGCGCACGAUGGCGCAGCAUUUAAAGAAAGUGUUUGGCUCCAGUCUUUACACGCCAGAGGCACUUCAUGUCAGCCUGGGGGGCCGAGCCACGACCUUGCCGUCCCCCGAGCAGCUGAAGGGACGCAUACUCAUCGUGGGGAAGAAACUCCCUCCAGAGCAGGACGGAUCGGACGGUGAGGUGUCUGAGGAGGACGAGGAGAUCGGAGGAGGUGGGCCUCUGGCGGGACGGAGGAUGACUAUCCCCGGUGAGGAAGAACUGGGCGUGGUCUUGGUGGUGCCUCCGCCUUCUCAGCCAAGGAAGCUCCGCCUCCAUAAAGACCUUUCUGAUCUAGUGGCGAUCGCUCGUACGGGCAGCAGAAGCUUCUACGCCCAGAGAGCGAGUCACAAACUAUCGCAGCAGCAUUCCCCUCCCAGCAGCCCCUCCUCCCCCAGCACGCCAAUUCCUCCCGACCCGCCUUAUUGGACGCUGUGCUCACUGGGGGAGGGAGAGGGGGGGCGGCUGACGACAGAAAGCCCAGAGGACCUUGUAAUGUUCACGAAGCGCACUCUGACGCGGGUACGACCCAGCUCGGUGCGUCUGGACUCCAGCAACCCCAACCCUCAAGGGUACUGGAAGGGCGGGGUCCAGCUCGUGGCCUUGAACCAGCAGACCCCCGGCGCCAUGCUGGACCUUCACAGAGGUCGCUUCCUGCAGAACGGAGGGUGUGGUUACGUUCUCCGGCCGGCCGUGAUGAGGGACGAGGUGUCGUAUUUCAGUGCUCACACACAGGGAUGUGUGCCGGGAGUGCCAGCGCAGACCCUGAGGAUAAAGGUGAUCAGUGCACACAACCUGCCGAAGCCUCAGGGUUCAGGGGCAAAGGGGGAGGUCAUCGACCCGUACGUGGUUCUGGAGCUGCACGGCGUUCCUGCGGACUGUGCUGAACAGAGAACACGCACUGCUGCUCAGAACCAGGACGACCCGCUGUUUGACGAGACCUUCGAGUUUCAGGUGAACAUGCCGGAGCUGGCCCUGCUGCGCUUCGUGGUUCUAGACGACGACUACAUCGGAGACGACUUCAUCGGCCAGUACAGCGUGGCCUUCGAGUGCCUUCAGCCCGGCUACCGUAACGUGCCCCUGCUGGGCCUGGCGGGAGACCCCUUACCACACACCAGCCUCUUCGUCCACGUGGCGAUCACCAAUCGACGGGGAGGCGGGAAGGCUCAUCGGAGGGGUCUGUCGGUGAGGAGGGUCGGGAGGAGAGGGAGGGAGUACGUCUCGCUGAGACACACCGGCAUCAAGGUGGUCGACGAGACGUUCAAACCGGCCAGCGCCCCGCUUAAAGAGGCGACUGACCUGCGGGAGGAGGCUCAGAGCACGACGGCCAGCUUCAAGGAGCAGUGUGGGCUCCCCACGGUGGCCAAACUGAAGCAGUGCAUCCAGAGCCUGACCACGAGGCUGCAGAGUCCCGAGGGCCCGAUGGGGGCCACCAUGGUGCUGAGGGACGGGUACCCGUGUCUGGAGGCUCUGGUCAACCUCUCCGAGCCGACGCGUAAACUGCUCGCUGCCUACGACACGAUGAUUGCAGCUCAGAAACAGCUCAUCGAGAACGCAGAUGGUGUUCAGGAGAGGAUCGCCCAGGUGCAGAGAGAAGGGAUGGACUUUCAUGAAGAGCUGUCCCGGCUCGGGGAGAAGGAAGGACUGAAGGGACGCAAACAAAGUAAAGCUGUGGAGAGUUUCACCUGGAACAUCACCGUGCUGAAGGGUCAGAGCGAUCUGCUACGGGGCGCUAAGAUGGAUUCUCUGGACGCUCUGAGGCAGCUGGCUCUGGCGUGUGAAGCCUGUGGUCUCACCUCCUCCAACUCCUCGUCCUCCACCUUCUCCAGCGCCGAGCUGCACUACACCUCCCACCCUCUGUCAGGACGCCGGAGCAGCACGCAUGGAAACGGACGCAUCUGACACCCCCCUCCCCCCCACCCCUCCCGCCCCCCUCCCGCCUCGGGUCAAGCGUGCUGCCAAAGACGAACAGUGAGCGGACGGAAUAAUUACAGAGUGUGAGGAGAUACUAGAGCGAGAAGUAAAGGCGCGGGUGUGAAGAGCUCCUCAGGAGACGGAGGAUGGUUUCCCCUCAUCCAGUGCAGUAAGAGUCUAGACGAGUCUAGACCGCAGCAGUAAAUCUGUUAAAGCCUUACGGGAGUCUAUUAAUGAAUCACUGAAGGUCCGGCCUGCUGAAAGGCUUUUUAUGAAUGUCGAAGAGGACACCCCACACGGGUCCUUGAACACCACACAGCUCCUGCUAAUAUUAAGGGGAGAAAAUGUCUCGAUGUUGUAACUCUGCAGGUUUUCUCUCCGUAGAUUUAUUUGUGAGAGCGGGGCCGUCGCUGGGCGGACUCCAGGGUCCAUUUGGUGUUUCAUUUCAGAGGUUUGAAAUACAGAACAGACGGGGGGUAGGAUUAUUAUCUGCCUCAGUUAUUCAACUCGUCCUCUGGAAGACAACAAGACUACCUGAGUGUGUGUGUGUGUGCUCAUUUGUGCUUACAGUUUUGCAAACAGGGGAAAGAAACCAGGCAGCUUAGAUUUUAAGUCAAAUACAAUUUCUCUUUCUGCCACACUGCAAGCUAACGCAUGCUAGCACAAGCUAACCACGGGUGUUUGUCACCUGCCUGUCCAACAGGAAGCAGACCAAUUCCACUUCCACGGGUAAAAGCCAGCACAAAGUUCACCCUCGUUUUAGAUGUUAUUUUGAGACAUGUCCCUGAUUGGCUGAAAUUUGGAAUCGGUAUCCUGCUCUUCUGUCUGCGUCAAAUCUCUCCAAUGCAAGUGACAGGAUGAAUAUUAGAUGAAAAAAUUGACCUUGUCGGAAGUAUUAAGAGUUUUUUAACAAUGUAUGUGAGUCUGGGGAAAGGUGGAAAAGUCAAAACAUUGAGCUGAAUAUUUGCAGAUUUCAUCUAACUGAGUGCAUGCGUUAUUUUCUAGACGUCAGUGUCACCGUGAAAUCUGACUUCUAUUCAUCUUCUCCGGUCGCUCUGAAAGGCUGAACCGCUCCCUAACAAUGACCCCGAAGAGGUACAUGACUACACGAGGAUUACUCCACUUUCUAAACUUUAACUAGAGUGCAGAAAGAUCGCCUUGCAACCCUGAGAACACAAAACACACACACACACACACACACACACACACACACACACACACACACACACACACACACACACACACAGAGGAUCUUGUUAUCUCCAGCUGACAGCCUUUGAGCCCGUUGUGUUCGGCUGAAACACGAUGAACGACAUGUAGCUGAGAAGAGACGCUGUAAUUGGAGAAGUUGCGGAUGUGUGUUUGUGUGUGUGUGUGUGUGUGUGUGUGUGUGUGUGUGUGUUGAUACUGUAGUACUCCGUGUGUGGAUCACAUAAACCUCCUCCCGGCGCCGACAUGCAAGCUAAUGGCCGCUCAGUGUGUGUGUUUGGUUGUGUGUACAGAGAACAGAUUGUUUAAUGUAGCAAUAUGAUUGGGAGGAAAUUACAAGAAUGUGUACUGACUGAAAACUUUAAGCUUAGUGAUGUUUAUCAAUGUGUGUGAAAAUUACAAAAAUAGCGUCCAGCAGGUGCUACUGAUCCAACUGGUAGUGCGUACCUGUCGUCAGUGACGGUGUUCCCCUCGGCCUUUGACUGUAACUGUUUUAUCUCUAAACACAGGAGAACACCGGUUCUUAAUGUGCUCAUGUUUGUGUGUUAGGUGAAAUUCUGCGUCUCAACCAAUCUUGACAAACGUUUGACAAAAAGCUAAUUUAACAGGAUCAGAUUCAACUUCUUGAAUUCUGUGUUCUGUGGUUAACUAAAUGUUGAUUUUCAGGUUUAUAGGCAGAAAGAGGUUCCGCGUUUUGUCCAAUAAUGGCUAUGAUGUUUCACCGACAGUUUAAAGUUCUAGUGUGUAAACACGGGUUAGAAGACGUGGUGACCAGGGGAACUAUCAUUUGAAGCAUCAAGUUUGGGAUCUAGGUCAUGGCCAUCUUGUUGUUUUUUUGGAGCUAGAUGCAACUGUAUUCAAAGGUUUGCUUAAGUUGGGUGUGUUGCUACAGUGAGUUAGUGUGUUAAUCUGAUUUCUGGUCAACAAUAUCUCAUUACACUUAAAGGAGCAGUAUUUAGACACGUACCUGGCAAGAAAAUUUAAGAACUCCUUCUCUUGUUUUUUCUAUGGAAGCAAGACUACAUUCAUCCUCACAUUUUAUUUCACUCCAUUUUCUCAUGAUAAGGAAUAAUCUCAACUGUUUGUCUUUUUAUUUCGAGUUAACAACGCUGGUUUUCCCAUGAUAACAAGUUACAUGUUUUCGAUACCUUGAGAAAACGACUGAAAUAAACUUGUUAUCACAUGAAAACCAGCGUUGCUCUCCUGAGAUAACGACUUAAAUAAGUCGAGAUCGAGGGAAAACAACCGGAUUAUGGAUGCAUGUCCUCUUGGGGUUUCCAUAUUUUCCUGAUUUUGUAACCAUGAAAAGGUUUUUUUAUUUACUUCAGUUCAGCGUUUAUUUCUUUAGACUGAAAGCACGGCGACUUUUGAAAAGACAUGUUGAAUGUUUCCGGAGAGGAAAUAACAGCUCACCAGCAGGUGGCGCUCUGCAGCAGAGAGGAUGUUUAUGAACACUUUACUCACCUGUUUAACCCUUAAAGUGCUUGUGCAGAACUACUGUAUGUUCCGACGACGCCCCAGAUUUUAAAUUUGUGUUGCCUUUUUCUUAUCUGCAGAAAAUGUCCCUUUUUUAAAACGCUCUCCCCCGUCCUCGUGUUCCUGCUGCUUUUUCCGGAGGCUGCAGGUGGGAGCUGAGUCACCGCCGCAGGAGGAGGCUGACCUAAUAACAUUUCCACGAGUGUGUUUGUGUGUGCGUGUGUCUAAGAAAAGUAGAUGACAUGUACUGAAGGGAGAGCAAAGGUUGUUGAAGAAGAAGAAGAAGAAGAAGGGGGUGAAAUUGGAUGAAGUUUAGAUGCAGGUGUGUUCGCUGGGCUCACCUGCAGAGCGUCAUAAUUGGCUGUGAGUAGCAGACGGAGUGACAGCACCUGCUGUGUCCAUCUAUUAAUACUCACCCUGACUCACAGGACGCCCCGGGAUGGGUGCUUAUGUCUCUUAUAAAACCACGGUGCCCUAAUCCCUGACCUGAAAAUGCAAACUGGUUCAUUGCCAAAAUAUUCACCAAUGUUUCUCUCAAAUCGACAGAAUCUUCAGAUGCUUUUCAGAUCAUAUACAUUUAAUAAUAGUGCAGUAUGUGUCCAUGUAUAGAGCCAAGAAAAGGAAUAAAUCGGUAAAAGAAUAAAGAAAUAAAUCCCGAAAUAUUUGAAAUAGAAGUUACUGAUAAAGAAGUGGAAAUGUCGAGACAAAGAUUAAAAGAGAUUUAUUCAUUUUCAUGCUUAUUUCUUAAUCCAUCCAUCCAUUAUCUGCACCGCUUUUCCCGUUCGUGUUCGGCUCGCGGGGGGCUGGAGCCAAUCCCAGCUGUGGGAGGUGGACGAGAGGCGGCUCACACCCUGGACUGGUAGCCAGAGACAGACAACCAGCCACACUCACAUUCACACCUACGGACACUUUAGAGUCACCAGUUAACCAAACUAGCAUGUCUUUGGACUGUGGGAGGAAGCCGGAGUACCCGGAGAGAACCCACACAUGCACGGGGAGAACAUGCAAACUCCACACAGAGAGGCUCCUGUCAGACGUGGAUUCAAACCAGGAACUUCCUUGUUGUGAUGCAAACCACUGCACCACUGUGCAGCCCUUAAUGGCAUCAUUGACAUGCAAAAAAAACACAACAAGGAUAUUUUAACUUGUUCUCUUUUUAAAUUGUACUCAUCUAUUAAUAGUUUUAAAUUCACAUUUUUUCCUCCUUUUCCAUCUUUUUUUUUGGGUGUCUUCUUUUUGGCCCUGCUGUGACUCCGUACCCUCUGUCUGUCACAGGUGUGUUUACCUGCAGGGAGGACCUGUGGGCAUUAAUGAUGCAGCAGCUGCAGUAAAACAAACCGCAGUAUUACCUUUCUGUAUUCUGGUUUUCAGGCCUGCUGACAAACUGGGUCAGAGAAGCGAACAGGUGAGAGCAGAGAGACAGAAAGAGUCAGCUUUCAGUAAUUAGACCGAGUUAACUGUGACCGUCACGCUCCGAAUAAUUCAUUAAGGUAUACUGUAUUUACAGGACGCUGUGUUCGACAGUGAUGCCUCUCUUGCUUACGUAUACCAGAGGGAGACGCUAAUUUGUAGCUCUGAUGACCCAGAAGAACAAAAGAGGAGAUUCUGAAAGAUUUAACUUUUCACUUUGAAACAUGCAAAACACAUGUUUUUAAAUAUAUAGAUACGGGUCGUCAUGAUGCCAGUCAUCUAAACUUAAAGAUACAAUAUGUAGAAUUUUAUUCUAAAUUUACACUAAAAUAUCUAAAUUUAUUUAUUUUGUCCCUUUAGGCUUCCCGUAGAUAGUCGUCCUCAGUGUCUCCCUGUAGUCUCAGUGAUCUAAAAGAAGAACACUGCUGCAUCUUUGAAUGUCUCAUUUCACUUUAACAAACUCUCAGACAGCUCAGCUGACGAGUUGCAUCAUGACCUAAUGAUAAUGUCUCUUUUACUAAAACUCAGUGUGAUGAAUCUCUUCUAUCAACCAAGUUUCAAUACCCCAAAGCUUACAAAAAAGGCACUGUCACACAACCUUGGAUAAGCGGAAGAAAAUGGACGGCUGGUUUAAUAAUUUCGUCUUCAUGUUUCCACAUUUUUUUCUUUAAUCUAAGAGUUUUACAGAUAUUUUUUUAACUCACAUUUUGCUUUUCUCAUCUGCUCUUCUUUGUGAUGACACUUUAAUUUGAAGGGUUAUUCUUUUUUUUAUGGCGCUCAUACGAUUCCAUACUGAUAGGUCCACUCACUGCAGUGCUUUGAAUAAUGUUCAGUCUCUCGUGUGUGACCCGACGCUGCACCCUGAUGCCUGACGUGAGAACUUCUCGACGUCCCUUUACUCCCUCAAACAUAUAAAAAAAAAGCGUAAACGUCCGUCUCUCACUGUGAUACAGUUUCACUUGAAAGGAUGUUGAGUUUGAGACUGGACCAGUGAUACUUUGGGGUGUUUUGUGUCUCUGUUGAACCCACGUGUCUUAGUCUACAGCUCGCCUUCUCUGUGCUCUUCAGUGUGUGAUGCUACCUGUCUUUGCAGACCAGUGGUGAAAUAUAGCGCUUACUAAUAAUAAUUUGAAUAACAGAGAGUUCUUUCUAACAGUCUUAGUGUGUGGACAAAGUUGUGUAAAAGACUUGGAAACCUGCCAGAGGUGUUUUAGGUUCUGUAUAACGCGUGGCAUCUGCAGCGUCCGUACGCGUGUUUUCACAGCUAACCUUUAAUCCAGUGUUUGAACCCUCUCAGCUCUUCUUACAGUCACUGUAUGUUUUUGUAUAAUAGAACCAAAAAAAACACCAAAAAAUAUUUAUUGAAGUGUGUUUUAAAAACCAUGAAUAAAUAUAAUAAUUAAACGGACCUUGCUUUUAUUUUGAAAAGCUACUGUGUUUUCUAUCUGACAAGUAUUCGUAUAACAAGAAUAUGUAUUCCUGACUAAAUAAAGUUAUCUUUUCCUGAUCACA